AUGUCGAACUAUUACUCAUCGCAGCUCCAGGUGCACAACUGGAUGCUCGCGCAGAUGUCCAACUACCCACCACCACCACCACAGCCCGACCAGCAGCACUAUAACGCCCUCUACCCGACCCAAGGAGGCGCGCAACAGCAGCUGCUGGAGGACCCGGCCGCCCAGCAGCAACUCCAAUUCAGCAGCUUGAACCAGCCCAUCUACCCCAAGGUCGAGGGCGCCAAUGCCGUCAGCAGCCCUUCCAGCCAGCACAUCCAAUCUCUGGCCCAAGAGCUCACUCAUCAUGCCGCGCUCGAAGACCAGCGUCACCAUCACAUGCACGCACAUCAGAUGCAACAGCCCACACCGGUUACGAGCCAUCCAAAUACCGCGUCAAAUCCGCACACCCAGACUUCAACACCCGAGCAGCCACCACAGAAGACGAAUCGCUUGCGAAAAGCUUGCGAUUCGUGCAGCAUCCGAAAAGUCAAGGUAAGGGACCUCUAGAGUGUUACGAUUGAUUCCGAGUUAUAGGAGAAGGCGUACUGACUCGUCUCUCCUCCUCAGUGUGACGAAACAGGACCACCAUGCAGAGCUUGUGCGGCGCUCGAUAUUCCGUGCACCUUUGAUCGCCCUAGCAGGAGGCGAGGACCACCGAAUCGACACGCCGAGGCGAUCAAGCGCAGACGAUUGGAAGAGCAGCAGAGCGCAGCAAACUCGCCAGGACUCUCGGGAACUUCUUCUCCUACUUCGCCGACUCACGCAGCCCAGGCACUCACAGCACUUGCGGCACACUCAUCCACUCCACUCUCUGCGGAGUCGAUCUGCCCACUCGAGACUCUAGAUUUGCUGAUCGACGACUUCUUCACCUACAUUCAUCCGCUAUGCCCGUUUCCACACGAACCAAGCUUCCGAGAGGCGUGGAAGCGAAGAGAAGACCUAACGAACAAGUCUUUCCUGGCACUGCUGGCGUCCAUGAUCGGAGCGCUCGUAGCAUCAUUCCCACGGAAGCCACGCUUGCAUCUGAAGGCCCAGAAGAGGGAGAGCCUAUUCUCCAACCACAUGAGUCUCGUACAGAGAUGCCAAAAGGUCUGCGCAGCAGCUCGGGGAGCUGGAUACCUGGAGAGUGAGCAUUUGAAUGUUUACGACGCCGCUACGAGCUACUUUGUCGCGUUGAUGGGCAUCUACACGUUCAGAUGGCGUCUCGGUCGGCUAUACUUCGGCGAGUGUUUGACAAUUCUCCGAACGCUUGGCUUGCAUAAGCCGAAGGGUCAACCCUACAACCAACUGGGAACGCUUCCAACUGCCAUGGGAAUGGGAUCUCACCAACAAGCCGCCGAACAGAACGGAACGGAACACCAUGUUGACAACAUCACCCAGGAAAUGGGACGUCGCAUCUUCUGGACCAUGUUCGUCAGCGUCAAGUCCAUGGAGCAGUUGGGUGCCAGCUUCGGCGAACUCGUCAUUCCGCCACCCACCCGUUCUGAGCCGUAUCCUCCGCUUCCAGCUGAGGUGGAUGACUUCUGCAUCUACCCGACCCACACCGAGCCACAGCCUACCGGUUUAGUUCCGAUCAUCUCCGGGUUCAACGCCAAUGCCCGGGUCUACUGCUCCUACAACGCGCUGGCGACCAUGGAGAUGGCGUGGGGAAUCGAUGCCAUCGUUGACUGGGACCGUCAAAAGCGUGUGUUGCACGAAUCGCUUCGCUGUUGUAAGGCCGCUAUGGUCGAUCUACCACCGGAGUUGACCGUCAACACCGAAGCCGGUCUCUCCGAACACCAGAAUGGCAACGGCGGCUUUUAUCCGGCCUUUGCGCAGCCUCACCUGGGGCGUGACCCUGCAGCCUCCCUGAUGAGCCCAACAUCCCGGCCGUCCCUGGAUCAGACCCCGGAAGAGCGCCGUCGUUCCCAAUACGAGAUACAGAAGGCAAACAUCUACGCUUCCAGCUUGGCAACCCGCUCUUACCUGGUUGAGAAGUACUGGAAUCUCUGUGAAGCGCAUCAGCGUUCGCGAUCCCAGAAUCCCAGCUCGCUGCCAAGCUCCCCUGGCGCCGGUAUCACCGCAGCCGGUAUCGAUGGUAUGGUACCUCAGAUCCCCACCAGCCACUACGACAUGAUCGAGAAUGAGAUGCGGGAUGAGAGGGAGAGCAUCGUCAAGGACCUUCUCGUCGUCCUGGGCAGUAUCGACCAAGUGAACAUGGAGCCUAACGGCGACUCAUUCGUAUGUUAUAUCCCAACAGACCUCAGUCGACGUCAUGCUAACAUCCCACCAGACCAUGAAGAUCCGCUCCAUCGCCAGCACCUUGCUCGAGGUACCUGAGCAGCGCAAGGGCCAGCUCGCGAUGCAAGCGCAAGAAUACCUCGGGGCCUUCCUCAAGAUCCUGAUGAGACUGGAACGCGUCAGCCCCGCAAACAGCGACGCCGACCAGCCCGAAGACGAAGAUUCGGAGCUCCGACAGUGGGCGGACCUGCGGGAUUACCAGAUGAAAUUCGCGCAGCAGGGAGGCUUGCUCGGAUUGUCUUAG